AUGGAAUAGAUAACCAGUGAAGAUGAAAAGAAACAAAUAUAAAAUCAACAAAGGAGAUCAGGUACAAUCCUGAGAAUGAACUUGGAUGAGAGCAUAAGAGGAGGACAAGGUUAACAGUAAAUUGGAGGUGCUGGUUAUCAGAGUAAAUCAAAUGACCUUAUAGAUAUCAGAAACAACACAAGCAGCAGGCCCAUAUCUUCUUCAUACCAUGAAAUAGGUGAAGAUCCUCUUGCUUACUAACAAGAAGAGCAUAAAUUCAUAUUGAAGCUGCUAGCUUAAGGUAGUAUUGAUGAGCUAAGAAUAUACUUGCAAAAGGUUUAAAUAGAUCUAACAGAAGUGUGGGACUAGUCUGGAUUCAACUUACUUCACCUUGCAGCUUAUAAAAACUCAUUAGUUGCGAUUCAGCUAUUCUGUGAGUACCUAAUUGAGGAAGAAGCUUUGAAGUAGCAAGAUGAUAUGAAAUCAAGAAUCUAGCGAUAUCAUAGAGAGUAAACUUUCCAAUUAGUUGCCUAAUCUCCUCAUUAAAAGCUCGUAAACUGGAUUCAUCAGCCAGCGUAAGGAGAAGAGGGUUUCACUGCUCUUCAUUUCGCAGCAUUUAACGGUAACGUUAAGAUUAUUUAGCAUCUCGUGAGUAUGGGGGCUGACAUUGACAUAAUUCACAAGGCUUCAAGGUCUUAAGUUAGCUUAUUUCAUGUCGCAGCAUAGGGUGAUUAGCCUGGAGUUUUAGCAUAUCUUAAAAUGCAUAUGUCUCUAACUGAUCCCAAUAUCGUCAAUAAAAAGGAUUGCAAAUAUGCGACUCCCCUUCACUGGGCUUGCUAUGCAGGAUCGGAAAAUUCAGUUUAAUUCUUAUUAGCUUGGGGAGCAAACCCGAAUUCUUAAGAUUUAUCUGGCUUUACCCCACUUCAUUUAGCAGUUAAAUCAGCUGAAGAUAUUAAAACUGCUAGAAUAGUUAGAUUUUUACUAAUAAAAGGUGCCAAAAGGGAUUAAAUUGAUAGUUACGGUAGAAAGCCAAUAGAUAUCGCAAAGGAAUGCAAGGCUAGUACAGUCAGAAAAGAAAUGGUUCAGUAUUUGGUAAUAAUAUUGAGCGAUUAAUAUUCCAUAGACGAUGAAUUUAGCAUGACUAAUAAGAUCUUAAUGGUGUCAAAUUUUUUAUUCACAUCAGUUUUCUUUCUAUUAUCUUGGCUUACUGAUCCAGGCUAUCUGGAGCAGUCAGAUAGAAUAGACUUUUUGCAAAUUGUUCCUAAAUUCGAACCUCACUAACUUUGCCCAGAUUGUUCUUUAAUCCGUACACAAAGAUGCAGACAUUGCAAUAUUUGCAAUAAAUGUGUUGAGAGAUAUGACCAUCACUGCCCCUGGAUCAACAAUUGUGUGGGGUAUAGGAACCAUUGUUAUUUUUACAUAUACAUAGUCUCUUUAUUGACUUAUAUGAUUACUGUUUUCUUUAUCUUAGUCACUAGUUUGGAGAGCAGAUUAAAACCUCAUUUAAAGAUAUCAUAAAUCAAAGACAUGUAUAUCCUUGACUCAUUAAGUAAUGCAAUCUAUGGAGUUGAGGGUGAUGAACGAAGCUACUUUAUCAUGAAUUUAUGCAAUAUUAUCUUGCUCAUAGUCUGUAUUAUUUUUAUGAUACCUCUAAUGAUUCUUGUCUUUGUUCAAACAAAGAAUAUGAUGUCUAAUGAAACUACUGGUGAAAGAUUCAGCCGCAAGAGGGAGUAGAGUGGGGCUUCAUCAGCUACCUCAGGGAAUGAUAUUGCUCCUUCAGAUCUGCUUCAGUAAUAGUAGCCCACAGCAUAACCAUUAUUCACUCAGAGCACAUCUCAUGAUAAAAUUUACUAGCAAUAAGAUUAGUAAAAGUAUUAAGAUGAACCUCAGUUAAGUCUUGCAAAAUGUACUAUAUAAACUGUAUAGAACUGUUUGCUAAUGAGUUGCAGCACAGAGGUUCCAACUCAAGAAACUCUUUUAAAAAAUAGAUUUUAAGUGAUAUAAUGA